CUCUCUUUAUCAUCUCUUCAAUCUAGCAUAAUCACAACCAGAGCUACUUUCUUUUCUUCUUCUUCCCGAAAAUGGCAGCAAUAGUCUCUCUUUCGACUUCUUUGGAACUAAAGUCAUGCUCUACCAUCUUCUUCAAACCGAAUCACUCAAUAUUCUCCUUAAAACAUACACACCCAUGUCUUAUCUUCCCCAGAUCUACUAACACUAUCUACAAAUUCAACCUCUCUGUCUCCACUUCCGGGUCUUCUCCUUCUAAUUCUCCAUCAACCCCUUUAAACCCAAUUCUCCCGGGUCGUUUUCUCACUAAUGUUGAGCUCGAAAAGCUAAAAUCCUUAGAAGAAUUCGAAUAUCUUCAUGAAUUGGAAUCUGGGUCGUUAUGUGUACGCGUGAUGAGAGAAGAAGAAAUGGAAAUGGCGGUUGCCCUUUUGUCCGAAUCGUUUGCAGAAUCUAUGCUUCUUCCCAAAGCUUAUGUGAAACUGUUGGGUUUCUUAGUGAAGCAGUAUUUGAUGGAGAGGGGAGCAUUAAUGCCUCAUGCUGCCACUCUUGUUGGGUUCUAUAGAGGGAAAGAAGACGAUGAUUUCCAGUUGGCUGGAACUGUGGAAGUUAGUUUUAAUAAAAUGGGUGCUAACCCUUCACUUCCCACUCCUUCACCUCCAAAGGAGUCACCGUAUGUUUGUAACAUGUCGGUAAAGGAUUCGCUUAGAAAGAGAGGAAUUGGUUGGCAUAUUCUAAAGGCGGGUGAAGAACUAAUUUCGAAGAUGAGUUCGUCAAGAGAGGUUUACUUGCAUUGCAGGUUGAUUGAUGAAAUUCCAUUCAAUAUGUACAAGAAAGCGGGUUAUGAUGUUGUUAGAACAGAUAGUUUCUUCGUUCUUUUAACACUUCAAAGACGGAAGAACUUGAUGCGCAAGUUACUUCCCCUCCCAGUGAUCCCCGAUUCUGACGAGGAUGAAGAUGCUUUAAAUGGAUCAGAAGAUGCUUUAAAUGGAUCAGAACCUGCUUAGCUAAACGAGGUGGCGCAGGUUUUUGUUCUUCAAGUUGCCAGUACUCCGCAGGUUUGUACAUCCCUAUGAAGAAAGGAAA